UAACUGCUCUCGAAUCAUCAUGAGUAAGAUUCAAGCUUUUGUCGAUGUAACGAAGAAAGUCGAUCUAACAAAUUGCAGUAUUCAGAAAAGUGAUGCAGAGACCAGGGUGCAUACCGUAAAUUUACGGUUCACGUACAUAGCCACAGUGGCUGGUCUUCUGUACGUUAUAAUCACGGGCAUGAUGGCUACUUUCUCUGCAGCUGCAACUGUAGAUAUGCAGAAGCCAGGAAGCCGAUUCGUACAUAUAACUGAGGAGGAAAUUUCUUGGAUUGCUAGUUUGCCACUUUUAACUGCAGCUUCUGGCAACAUUGUUUCUGGUUAUGCAUCACAAAAAUUAGGGCGGAAAGCCGUGCUGAUGUAUUUCUCUGCCCUGUACUUAUCUAGUUGGUUAAUGAUUGUCUAUGCCUCUUCCAUAGGAUGGAUUUACGCUGGCCGAAUAAUCUGUGGUUUCUGCUCCGGUAUGUUUAAUGUUGCCAUUCCAAUAUACGUGGCUGAAAUUUCUGUGACGGAAAUAAGAGGAUUUUUAUCAUCGGGAUUCCAGAUAGCCGCUAGCGGAGGUAUGUUACUAACCAUGUGCUUGGGUGCUGUCCUAAGAUGGUCUUGGCUAGCAAUGACAGCAGCGAUAAUCACCACAUGUGCGGCAUGUCUUAUGUACUUCAUGCCGGAAUCUCCACCCUGGUUGAUUCGCCAUUCCAAGAAUACCGAUGCUGUAAAAGCACUGGAGAUGUUAAGAGGAAAAGACAGCGAUUUCAUGAAGGAAUUUCGAGAAAUUUCUGAUGGCCAAGCAAAGCUGUCGACUGAUAGCAUACGUCUGCGUGACAUUCUUGAUCCAGCUUUGUACAAAGCUUUAGGAAUUGCUGUAACCUUAAUGUUCUUUCAGAUGUUUUGCGGUAUGAGUGUCCUCAUUGCUUAUACGGUAGAAAUAUUUCAGAGCUCUGGAAAUUUUGUAAAUGCAUCAGUAGGUUCGAUAAUAUUCACAGCUGUGCAUGUGCUCGCAGCAGCUGUUAGUAGCACUCUGAUGGACAGAAUUGGGCGUAAAAAAUUGUACAUAACUUCUGGAAGUUGUAUGAUAUUAGCUUUAACAGUACUUGGUAUUUACAGUCUUAUGUCCAGUGACAAUAAAAUAAAUUCAAGCUCCUUUGGUUGGAUUCCACUGACAUGUUUUAUAUUUUAUAUGAUAGCUUUUGCCACUGGAUAUGGACCUAUUCCUUAUGUUAUGAUCCCAGAAAUAGUUCCUAUUCACAGUCGAAGUACAGUGAUGGCCGUUGCAUGCAUUUUCGGUGCUUUGUCUGGUUUCUUGGCGACAAAAGUAUUUUAUGCUAUGAAGUUUACUCUAGGUAUGUACGGAGUGUACUGGACGUACGCACUUUUUUGUUUUCUAGGUUGCAUCUUUUGUUAUUUCUGCAUGCCAGAGACUAAAGGGAAAUCAAUAAAUGAGAUAAAUUUGUCCUUUGCUGCUUCUAACCGCGUUGCUUUACCGAAAUAAAAUAAGUCUUAGUUUUUAUCACUUGUUUAGAUUAAGAGUUAGGAUAAAAAUCAGAAUUUUAAUAGCUCAUUGCCAAAUAGGGAACUUCGAAAUUUAAAUUAAGUAUUUAUUAGAAUACUUGCGCCUUCUUUUAAUCCUGAUCUGAAGUCAUAUAUCUGAUAUGAUGAUGUAAUGUUAUAGGAUACGGUAAAGAAACUUCAAAAUCCCGUUAUGAUAUAUUCGGGUUCCUUUCUUUGUUUGGGUAUUGGAAUUAAGAAAAUGCAUAAUAAUCUCAAACAAUGCGUUAGGUGUGAUACAUGCCAUAAGAUAAAGUAAGUUAUAUAUUCGAGGCAUUUUCCUGUAAUUAUCGAAUGUAAGUAACCUUUGUGACAGAAAGUUGUAAAUAUUUUGUUAAUCUUAACUCAGCGUACUUUUUCACAAUAAUAUGCACAAUUAUGAUGUUGUUUACGAUUAUAUUGUUAAAUAUCGUGAAUACGCAUAUCUGUUACAGUGUAUUGCAUCAUCUUUGAUCAAAUUUGUAUUGGACAGCAGAUAUCUCUGUAAAUCUAUAAUUCUAUCUGUAAUUAAAAUGCUGCAAGUUGUAGUGUACUACUGUGUUUCAAGUUUUGACUUGUAUUACUCUGUAAUGAUCUUAUGUACGUUAUGUGGAGAAUAUUGGUCCAGCAGAUACAAUACGUAAUGUGCACUGCUCAAAAAAAAAAAAAAAAAAAAAAUGGGACAGUGCUAUAUCUCCCGUUCUACUGGGGCGA